CGUCGUCUCCCGUUUACCUGCGCGAUGGCGGCUCCUAGCCUGGGCGGCGCUCCGCGGCUUGUCUUCCGCCAUCGCCGCCUCUGAGCUCUCAACCGCCGAGGUGCUGUCGGGUGGGGCGGCGCUUCUGCUGCUGCCGGCGGCCGCCUUCGCCACAAGGCCCAGUUGAGGUUGCGGCGGGGCUGCUCCUUCGGGUAAGCGGAGUCGUCUUUAGUUCAUGGUGGGCUGACAAUUAAAAAAGAAAAAAGGGAUAGAGAGAAGGGAUAGAGCAGCAAACCCGUUUCUCUCCGUUUAUAGCACAGAUUCCCAAAGUUGGGUCUUCCAGUUGUUGUUUUUGGACUACACUUCCCAUCAUUCCUGGCUACUGGCCCUGCUAGCUAGGGACGAUGGGAGUUGUAGUCCAGAAACCCAAGUUUGGGAAACCCUGGUUUGUAAGCAACUGAACUCCCAGCUUUUUUCACUUUAACCGUUCUGGUAUCUUUUUUUUUUUUUAACUGCUUCAAAUGAAACAUAAAAGGACCCCUCUCGCAUUUCUCUCUUCUUUUUUUUAAUUGCAUAAAAAUAUAAAGGUGUGGAUAUGCCACAGCAGCACUCAGCAGAACUGUAAUAAUAUGCUCCAUAGGCUGCAGGAAGCCUGAGGCGUGCCGCAUUUAAUUCGGAUUAAAAGGACUUGAAAAGCUUCCCUUAUAAGUAGGAGAGCAAUGGAUGUUGAGGCUGCCUUCCCACCUCCAUUUGCCAGGACAAAUGGGAGUCUAUUUGAGUCUAUCUGGAGAGCACCAGGUUUGUGAGAGGCUGCUUUGGGAUGAAUGCAUUAUGGUGUAAGCUUUCAUGGACUUCAGUCCACUUCAUCAGACGCAUCUUCAAGGUGUCAUGGUGGAGGGGAUUAAAAGGCACAAAAAGUACAGAUUACCGCAUUUGGGUUAGCGCUAGGACCUAUGCAGGAUCAGUAUGGUAACCCUUUACAGCAGCAGUGCUGAUAUAACAGCCUAGGUGACGGAUCUUGGUUAAUGAACAUCUGCAGUGGGGAAGGAAGCCAUUGUCUCUAUUCAGGCCCAAAUAAAUAAAGCUGAACUUGCUGAUGCAUUGAUUAGUUUACUUUAGGACCUGCCACCGCUUGGGCUCCCUGGCAGUGGUGCUGUUGCAGAUUCCAAGGUCACUCAAUUGCUCACCGGUGGGCUAAAAAAUGGUAAUGGAAGCCUGCCACCAUGUAAAUCCUCAAUCUAAUUGGUUCUCUGGCCAUUAACAAUGUUGCUGCCUGGUAAAUAAAUGUGUGACAAGGAGCAUGACAGCCGCAUUGCCAAGCUUGUGAUGGGUGGGAGAGCCACCCUAGUCUGCCCUGCUGGGGCACAUGAGCCCUAAGAAGUACCCCAAAAUGCCUAGUUUGUCUGGAGGCCUGGAGAACUGGACAUAGAUAGCCAGUGUGGUUCUCCUGCAGAUGCUGCUGACUAAAACUCCCAUCAUCCCAUGGCAUUGGCCAGUGUUGACUGCAACUGACGGGAAUCCCAAUAACUGGAGGACAUUACAUUGACUCCUCCUGGUGUAGUCAAUACAGAGGUACAAGAGUCUGAUUCUCUACAAGGCAGCACCCUACCUUUGCUGACUUACUUCAGUAGUUUUCUAGCUGGUCUGUCCAUAACUUUCUGUUGGAGAAUGUCAGCAGGAGGGAAAAGGAAAAGAAAGACAUUCAACCAGUUCUGAUUUAGUUUAAAGUGAGUCUCAUUCAAGUCUGUCUUUUUAAUUUGUGAUAGAGUCCUUGAAGAUCAGGAAAUAAUGGCUGAAGAUGAACUUCGAGACAUCAUACAAAGAUGUGUAAGUGAUUGUUUUGCUUGUGAAACUAUACCAAAUGGCAAAACCUACUGAUCUAAUUGUUUUUACAUGCCCUUGUGAGGAAACUUCUGGGGGCUGCAAGCCAGUGGGAGAUGGGUUUAUGCAUUAGGUAAUAUCCAACCACACAAAACUCAGAGGUUUCUGUGGACAUACCCUCACCUUCCCAUCUGUCUAGGCAAACAAGAGGCAUUGUCAUAAUUCAAGGGUGCAUCCCAGCCAGGCAAAAGCAUUCAAGGAGGAUGUGAUCUGUUGCUAGUGAGAAUGUGGCUUGGGGAGAAUCCUGAGGGGUGGGUCAAGAGGCCAGGAUGACCCCCAUGUUGUCUCUGGGCUUGGGUUUCCUCAUCCUUACUCUACAGGUAACACAGUACAACAUUAAUUGAUCGUCCACUCUGUUCUUCUGUUUGGGGACUGUUGCUACUACCCUUCAUUUGCCUAGCAAAAGCAAAAACACUUUGUGUCGAAGCCUUAUUAAUAGGCAGUAGUUUGGAGACAAUAAUUCGAAAAGACCGUGCUUUUGGGGGAAAUACAAAGGACCAUAUUCAAUUCAUUCAUUCCACUAGGGAGAGCUUGCACAAGGAUGCCUGCUACUGCAGGAUUUUCCCCUCCUCUCCUGCUACUGUGUCCUCCCCAAAUAUUCUGGGUUGGGAGAACCCCAAAGGAGAAAAGGGGAGGUUGUUCUUUCAGCACGAGCAUUUUGGGCUGCUUGAGGGAACAAUCUCCUUAGCGCUGCAUUGAAUACAACCCUAAGUCUCUGAACUUGCUGACAGAUUUCUUCUGUAUGUGACUAAAGAAUCUUGUUCGGCUUAAUACGGAAUCAGUAUAGCAUCGUGAAGCUAAAGUGUUGUGCAUUUUAAUUGCAUAUUGUGAAUUACAAUGGGAAACAUGUGUUCUAGCAAAUUCUGGAAGAAGAGGAUUUCAAAGGGGAAGACUUCAACCUUUUUCAAGUUGCGGGACAGAAGUGCUUUGAAGAAGGAUAUGUCGCCGAUGUACUGGAAGUUGUUCAAAAUGAGAAAAACAAGGUGAGUUUAAAAUACAUGUUUGUGUCAUAACUACUAAAACCAGCUGGAGGUAACUGUACAGAUUUUGGCCACGCACACAUUGCUGGGGCAAUAACAUUCAGUUGCAUUUCUUAGGAACAUCCAGGCUCACUCCCUUUGGCCAGCAAGGCAAGGGAGCCUUAUUAAAACGGUUGGAAUUAAAGGAAUUAACCCCUAUGACUGACUGGGCUUCCACCCUGUGGCCUGACAGUUUAUAAACUUAGGAUGUCAUGGGAGUUUUCCACACAUGCCUGUGUUCUGAAAUGUCACUGAGCCAGACCCCCCCAAAUUCUUCCAAAAAUAUUUAUUGGUUUUCCACAUUUACGACAAAAAAGACAUUACAAAACACACAACAAAGAAAAAUACUUUACAAUACAAUAAGCUAAACACAAAAAAGAAUUAUUUCUUCAUAUAUCUAAUUCACAUAACAUUAAUAACUGACUUCCUCACAUCCCCUCUAACUGAAUUUCAUUAUAUCACCUGUAUGACAGUUCUCCAAAUUCAUAUUUCUAAUAAUAUUGACUCCUAACAUUUACUAAGCUCUUCUCCUUUAUUAAUAUUCUAAUCCUUGAUAUUUACUAGCACAGGGCCUACCUUUUUCCUUUCCUCCAGUUAGGUGAUAGAUUGUUCACUCUGUGGCAUCCACCCCUCCUGCGUUGCUUUGUUUUGGGGCUAGUCUCUCUUUUGGGAGGAAGAUUUCUGUUUUUGAAUUGCACCAAAACAAAAACUAUAAAAGGAGAUUACAGCAAGGAGGCAUUCUUCUGGCCUUUCCUGGAUCUUGGCUUGGGUCUCAUAGGUAUAAGGAAACAGCAGACACUGAACUUCAUUUGUUAGGGGGGACACCAGAUUCCUCUGAACCCUCAUAAAGAAGUCGCAGUUGGUUUGGCUGCAGCACAGUUAGCAAGUUCUCUCUACACUUUCCUCUUAAUUGCAGGGCAAGUAAUAUUUGCAGUAUAACAAGCUUAAUCUUGUAUUUUCCCAGUCUUGCUCUAAUAUAGAUCUCCCAAGGCAGGAGAGCUACUCCUUUGCAUAUAGUCUUUUCAUAGAAUCAUAGAAUUGUAGAGUUGGAAGGGACUCUGAGCAUCAUCUAGUCCACUUCCCUGCAAUGCAGGAAUAUGCAGCUGUCCCAUACAGGGAUCAAACCUGCAACCUGGGCAUUGCCAGCACCACAGUGUAACUCCUUUCUGGUACUUUCAUCUCUUCCAUAGCAAGUCAGUGUUUUUAAAGACUCCAUCUCAACAGUUCCUCAUUAGACAAUUCCCCAUCUUUAGUCUCUUCCUACUAUCUCCGUAACUAAGUAAAUGGUGCAGGCAACCUGUGGGUGGACUUGUGUCUCUAUGCAGAAAUACCUUUUUUGUAUUUUUCAAUAGUGAUGUUUCAAGCUGCUAUUGUUGCUCCCAAUACUGGCAUGUUCUCAGCAAACCAUUAUUUAGCUAUACAUAAAUAUUACAAUUGCAGCUGCAGGGUGUUUAUUACUGGCUUUCUUAAGCAAAGCACACAAUGCACAUUUUGUUGUUGUCAUAUAAAUUGCCUUUUGGAACUUUCCCCCCCUAUAGGUUAUUGUCAAAAGCAUGGGCUGGAAUCUUGUUGGUCCUUUAAUCAGGUGCCUGGUGAAGUAUAAGCAAGAUGAAGUUGAGAGAGAACACUGCCUGAAAAUAUUAGAUAAGUUGAUGGAGGUAAAUCACAGCGUCUAUCCUUAUAGCCGGGACUCUUCUAAAGAGUAUAUUUUAGCUUUCCUCUUCACUGAUUGAUGGGGUUAGGAGACAUUCUUAGGAUCUAAGCUCCUUGAGGGAGUAAUGUUUGUGUGUGGAAGUGUGUGAGGAUAGGGAGAAUGGUGGUCCUUCUGUGGAGAGAGAAAGAGUUUACAGUCGUACCUCGGCUCCCGAACGCCUUGGGAGUCGAACGUUUCGGCUCCCGAACAAUUGAAAACCAGAAGUGAAUAUUCCGGUUUUCAAACGUUCUUUUGGAAACUGAACAUCUGACAGGGCUUCCACGGCUUCCGAUUAGCUGCAGGAGCUUCCUACAGCCAAUCAGAAGCCACACUUUGGAAGCUGAAUGUUUCGGAAGUCGAACUGACUUCUGGAACGGAUUCUGUUUGACUUCCGAGGUACGACUGUACUUAAAUGAGCAACAAGGGACCAGGUGGAUUAGGUUAGUUAAAUCUGCAUAAGUGAGGCUGGAAUUCUAGAUUGUAUUGCUUGAGACUGUGACCCAGUUUGCAUGUAAUGCUAAGCAUGCAACUGCACAGGUUCACAAGGGAGGAGAUUGCAGCCACUCUGUUCCUCCAUGGUUUGGCUUAGUGUUGGGGUUGCCAAUAUGUGGUGCCCACAGACGCUAGUGCAACCAGCUGUGCUUUCUAUGGUGCCAACAAAAGGUCUCUGUAAAUAUCCCCUCAAAAUGCACAAGAGACUGUUUGCUGCCCUUCUCGUUUCCUGUUUGCACUGACUCGGCCUCACACUGAACAUGCCGCCUUAAACAUUUCAUUGAGUGCAUGGAUUGGACGCCCACAGUUUUGUGAUCCUGUCUCUUUCUCUGCUGCUUUGGAUGUGGCAGCUGUUUUGUGUUAUGCCGUACUCCCACCGCAACCAUUUUGUGACUGGUGCCCACAGCAUUUUCUCAAAAUCACAGAUGUAGCCACUGACUCAGAAAAACCUUGGCAGCCCCUUGCUUAGUGUGCCUUUCAAACUGGAGUUGUAGAGGAGGUUGCCUUGGGUAAGAUUUUCUAGCACGUGCAUGGAUAAUUUUAGAUCUUUUAUGCAAGCAUAUGCGGAGUUAAUGACUGAACAACCGAAAACUGUUUAAUUUUGCAUUUUAUGGGUUUUUAAGAAUAGGGUAGAUGCCAUUUAUUAUUGUAUAAGAUGCACUGGUUUGCCGUAUGCUUGUCAUUGUAAAAAUGGUGGCUUGUUAUCAAACGAUGUCAAAAAUAAACAUUACGAGCAACAAAUACCUGGCUUUUUCCUUUCUUGCAGCUGUGCAGUCCCAAAGAGCUUGUGCUGGGUUUCUUGGAGCAGAUUGAACAAGCCUCCGGGGAAUAUAGGUCUCAAACUAUUUUGAUUUUACUGAAGCCUCUGCAGGAAGGUAAUGAGCAUUUAUUUUCUGGAUACUGGACACAAGAGAGGGUGGUGGAGCACCUUGCCAGUUAAGAGAUGUCGUUCACUUGUGACUUUUUAAGGGACAGCAUCCUAAGUGAUGGUGGUAUUAUUGUUUACUAGUACUUAUAUAUUAUCUCUACAUGAUAUAUAUGCCUUUUAAUUCUAUCUAUCUAUCUAUCUAUCUAUCUAUCUAUCAUCUAUCUGUCUAUCUAAUAUUUUUAUUAAAUUUUCAACAAAAACAACAGAACCAACAACAAACAACAACAAACACAACAGCAACCAGUAUCAAAUCCAUAAAAUGGAAUUCUCUGAAUCCCGUGACUCCCCCCCCACCCCGGUUCCUUUAAUUUUCUUUUCAACUGCAUAUCAUUUCUAUUCCAAAUUAUUUUUUCUACCUCAAAUUUCCUAUACUAUUUUUAAAAAUUACAAGUGUUCUUAAAAUCCUUCCAAUGUAUUAACCUGUUUAACAAUACUUUUGCAAAUACGUGAUAAAUAUUUCCCAUUCUUUUUAAAAUUUCUUGUCAUCUUGAUUUCUGAGCUUUCCAGUUAAUUUCGCCAUUUCAACGUCCUCCAUUAACUUGGUUUGCCAGUCUUCUUUGGUCGGGACUGCUUCCUAUUUCCAUCUUUGGUAUCCCUUUUAAUUCUGCCCUCUAAGCAACAUACAUGUUUGCAGUGAGUCUGUGACAAGCUGUGCAGGCGGCGAAUGAAGACCAGAAGAACGUGUGUUGGGUUAAAAUUAGGCCACAAUAGGUUUGAUGUAGGCCUUGGGUGUUUAUUCAGUGGUCAACCAGCCUGCCUGCCGGUUGAUUGGCACCCAGAGUUGACCAGCAUGAUGGUUCCUGCAUAGUGCAACUCACUUUUGGCAGACCCUGUUUGGAGAUUGACACUGUGGCUUAUUAGCUCCUGAGUUGGGCUUCUAGACAGGAAGUGCUGCUCUCCCAUCCCCACUAAGGAUCCAGCCCCAUGCCCCUUCCACCAAACACUUGUGGCAAUUGCUAUGAAACAGGCAACACCUAGCCAAUCCCGGGCCCUGAGUGCAGUAACUGGCAGGUGUCCAUAGCAAUUUGUUGUUGUUGUUUAGUCAUUUAGUUGUGUCCGACUCUUCGUGACCCCAUGGACCAGAGCACGCCAGACACUCCUGUCUUCCACUGCCUCCCGCAGUUUGGCCAAACUCAUGCUGGUAGCUUCGAGAACACUGUCCAACCAUCUUGUCCUCUGUCGUCCCCUUCUCCUUGUGCCCUCCAUCUUUCCCAACAUCAGGGUCUUUUCCAGGGAGUCUUCUCUUCUCAUGAGGUGGCCAAAGUAUUGGAGCCUCAGCUUCACAAUCUGUCCUAGUGAGCGCUCAGGGCUGAUUUCCUUAAGAAUGGAUAGGUUUGAUCUUCUUGCAGUCCAUGGGACUCUCAAGAGUCUCCUCCAGCACCAUAAUUCAAAAGCAUCAAUUCUUCGGCGAUCAGCCUUCUUUAUGGUCCAACUCUCACUUCCAUACAUCACUACUGGGAAAACCAUAGCUUUAACUAUACGGACCUUUGUUGGCAAGAUGAUAUCUCUGCUUUUUAGGAUGCUGUCUAGCUUUGUCAUUGCUUUUCUCCCAAGAAGCAGGCGUCUUUUAAUUUCGUGACUGCUGUCCGUAGCAAUUAGCAAGGUCUAAAGCAGGCUUCCUCAACUUCAGCCCUCCAGAUGUUUUGAGACUACAAUUCCCACCAUCCCUGACCACUGGUCCUGCUAGCUAGGGAUCAUGGGAGUUGUAGGCCAAAAACAUCUGGAGGGCCGAGGUUGAGAAAGCCUGGUCUGAAGAGUGAGCUGAACUACUCCAUGAGGACAGCCACAGCCAAGAUGAGAGGGAAAGUUAAAGCAAAACUGUGCCAUUGAGUCUCUCUCUCCUUUAGAUCCCUAGAGCGGACCUGUGUUGGUGAAGUCUUCACCCAGGUUUGCUCCUGAGCUCUGCCCAUCCUACAGGAGCCUAGCUUUUGCUGAUUGGCUACUUGGUCUCUUAGACAUACCCAUCUUUCCCAUCAUGCACCAGAAAUGCCAGCUGCUUUCACUGCCACCACCAUGCUGAGGUGCAAAUCCACUCCCAGCGAUGCACUGGAAUGGAGAUUCUCUUUCUCUCCUUUUUUUUUUUAUCCUUGCAACAACCCUGAGCAACAAUUUAUCUCCUCCUUCAUCCCAAUCACCACUCUGUGGGUGGAAAUACUGUCUUGGAUCAGACGAUGCAGCCGCACAAGUAGGAACAUCUCUGCUUCCACUGAGGAGAGUCCAUGAUCUUUACUAUUUCACUAAUCCAGAAGCAUUGGGUGUCGUUCCAGAGGGUCCCCGCAGCUGCUUUUGGGUGAUGGUGGACCCAACGAGGGGUUGCAGCAGGAAGCACAGAAUGGGGAAGCUCUUCUAUUCUGCCCAUUCCUGGUUGCUGGGCUCCUCCACUAUUAACCCUUUCCUUCUUAUUGAAAGAAAGCUGAGGCUGAGAUAAGAACCUGCCCAAGAUUACCUUGAGAAUCCAGAGCAAAAUUAGUUUAGCAUGGGGUUUGUAUUUGUGUCUGCUGUUCCAAAAGAGAAGUUAAAAAAUCCAGUGUGUAUAUCAAAGCCCAUAAUAACUUGGUUACCAACCUAUGGGCUUCCUAUCUAACAUUGUUAAUUUUCAGUGGGAGAGGAUAUGAUUGAAAAACCAGCUACAUACAGUCGUACCUCGGAAGCCAAACGCCUUGGCACUCAAACGUUUUGGUUCCUGAACGCCGCAAACCCGGAAGCGAGCCAGUUUGCGAACGUUCUUUUGGAACCCAAACGUCUGGCGUGGCUUCCGUGGCUUCCGAUUGGUUGCGGGAGAUUCCUGCAGCCAAUCGGAAGCUGCGCCUUGGUUUCUGAAUGUUUUGGAAGUUGAACAGACUUCUGGAAUGGAUUCUGUUUGGCUUCCAAGGUACGACUGUAUAUUCCAGUUCUAAAGUAGAUUUAACUUUUUUGCAUUGCAUUAUAUAACUUGAAAGGGAGAGGUGUUGGCUUUUAUUGUACCACGUUCCAAUGGCAAUGAUAUUAAAGCUUCUGAGCUCCAUAGAGCAUCUCAGGGAGAAGGUGAAUGUCCAUUUCUGAAUGAGACCAUGGUGAAGCUUAGAAGCAACAGCUGGUGUCGAUUCAACAACCCCGUUUUACUCAGUUCCUUCUUGGAUGGAAAAAAAAUGUAUAUCUAAUCAUUACAACAUAACGAGCAUUUUGGAAUUGUUUUUCUUUGUUUUAGUGCUUCUGAAACUCCAUAAUAAGAAAGCCUAUUCGGUGGGGUUGUCAUUGUCUACCAUUUUGAACCAGAUUUCGCUUCUGCCAGUACCUUACACAAAGCAACAACUACAAGAAGACAAGCAUGGUCUUUGCCAGUGUUGUAAUGCUUUAACACCUUUUGUGAAUCCUUUUGUGGAGGAGGUUGUUAAACACAUGGAGACCUCAUCAGGUGAAGAUUACAAAGAACUGAAGGAGGAAUUGCUAAAAUAGUAAGUACCCCCCCACACACACAUAACUUUUGCUUAAAGUGGUUUUAUAAUAAAGCAUGGUGCUAUGUGUUUGCCAGCAGACAAACAUGUUUGAGCAUUGGGCUGACAAGCAAAGUAAGAAAUAUACCGCCAACACAUAGGCUGCUUACUUGUCUUUACGUGAGGGACUUCCUGGGCUUCUGUACCCUGCCUUCUUUCCUUCAGGUUCUAAGUGACAAAGCUUAUUUUUUUUAAAAAAUAAUUCAGUAUUUCAACUAUUUCAAAGUAAUAGAGCAGAAUCCAUUGAUAAGUUGCAGGGCAUAAAAAAAACCAAGAAAAAAGCCCACAAGUUGUGGACUUCAGUUUUUUCUUAAGGUCCCACACAUUUCUCUUUCCCGCCACCCCAAACCAGCAAAGUCUUCGGUAGCUGCAGGGCUUGUAUAUCCUGCCUUUCUUCCUUCAGGUUCUAAGCGACAAGGCUUGUUUUUACAAAAUAAAUUCAGUAUUUCAACUAUUUCUUGGCAUUGUGCCAGUUCCUAAAUUCCAAGGUGUGUUCUUUCUUUCCUUCAAUUUCAAUGUCCGUUACUGAUGCCUUUGUUAGCGGUUAUCAUGAAUGCUUCCUGUAACGUGCUUGAACGCUUUGGUUUUCAGUUGCCUGAAAAGCUUGAAAUAUCCCCUGCUAAUGGCAGAGCUGGAUCAAUUGCCUGAAGAUCCUCCUCAGUAUUCCCUAAGGCAGUUUGCUGCGGACAUACUAGUAAGUGCACCUUGAGUGUUUAUUUGGUAGUGGUGUUUUUUGCCAUUUUUAAUACUUGUGAAAUAACAGACUUCCUCCUCCCAUUUUCAGGAUUCAUAUAUGGAUUCUCUAAGGUGUGGGGGGUAGGGGAACCUCAGGCUGCACAUGCUUGUAUAUUUGGCUUUUUGUAACGUAACAGUGAACCAAAAUAGAGCUUGUAAUUUGGUAGUUUGAACAGGUGGUCACAUAUCUGAUUUAAACCUGUAUUCUAUUAUGGCUGUUAACAUAUUUUGAGUUGAGGAUAUUUUAGGGUGCCACCAUCAUUGGUGUUUAUUAUAUGCAAACACAACUUUCCAUAUAUAUAUAUAUAUAUAUAUAUAUAUAUAUAUAUAUAUACACACACACACACACACACACCCCAGUGUGUGUAUAUAUAUAUGUAUAUAUCCUCGAAGUGUUAUAAAAAGAUAUAAAAAUAUUAGUGAAAAGAGAAGGUUGCAUCUAACGCCCUCUCAGAUGUCAAGGAGAUGAAUAACUAUACAACUUUUAGAAGACAUCUGAAGGCAGCCCUGUAUCAGGUGGUUUUAAUGUUUGAUUUUUUAAAAAAAAAUGUUUUUAUAUGUGUUGGAAGCUGCCCAGAGUAGCUGGAGCAACCCAGCCAGAUGGCUGGGGUAUAAAUAAUAAAAUUAUUACUAUUAUAACAAAAAGCAAAAGCUGUAUCUAAGGAGAAGUUUAGAUUAUUUCUGUUUUGUGGAACACCAUCCCUGUUGAAUUAUGACAGGCACCCACUAUUUCAGCCUUUUUAAAAGCAACUAAAGACAUGCUUUGCUUUGACAAGCUUUUUCAGCAGGUUGGAGUAUUUUUUAAAAAUAGGUUGCUGCCGUGAGUGUUUGUUGUGUUAUAUUUGUGGGAGAGUUAAAUAUUAUAUGUACGUGUGUGUGUGUGUGUGUGUGUGUGUUUAUUGUGUGAUUGCAAAUCACCUUGUGACUUAUGUUAAAGGUGAUUGAUAAAUUAAUGAAAUAUAAUAUUAAUGAAAUUUAAAUACAAAAACACAUUUAUGAAAAAAAAAUCUAUUUCUUUCCUAUCACUUUGAUGUAUCUUGCUCACUGUAUAUAUCUCCAGGCAUGGAAAACAGCAAGUCCUCUUCUUUUUUUCAAUAGGGCAUUUUGCUGGAUAUUAGAGAAUUGCUCCCAAAGGUAUUCUCUUGGGAUAGACGCAAAUAUGAAUGCUGGGAUGAGGACAUACUGGAAAUGGAGAAAGAGCAAUCAGCAGAGUCUCUGGCAUGUCUGUCUUAUAUGGUGUUUGUUCAGGACUGCUUUGGUAUGGAUUGCCUUCCAGUCGUCUUCAAGUAAGUACUUUAAAAAGAGAGGGAUUGGAGGCUUGUGUCAGGGACUGUGCUGAGGAGGAAUGGUGGGAGCCACCCCCUCCCCCUGAUCCCGAAUCUUCCCAGGAACAGGAGGACAGCGUAGAUUUGGAACAGUGGUUUGCAGAGGGGCCUAGUUCAGAUGGCAGAAGCUGGGAAAUACUGGAUGGGGAACAGCUAGAAGAAGAAGAAACACUGGGAGAGAGAGGAGUAAUAGAUUCACAGUUGUUGGACAGCAUUCCUCCACUGCCCUCCCCAAAGUCGAGAAGAGCUCAGAAAGUCUCAGAACUGAAAACGCAGAGGGCACAAGCUCAGAUUAUAAGACGUAAGAGUGGCGUAGAUUAAUAGGGACGGAAGGGGGAGUGAGUCUUAAUUGGGAGCACCGCCAUUUCUAGGGAGACAUGUUCUUUUGUCUCUCAUUGUGAUUAUUAAAGAAUCUAACUGGUAAGGUGUUCCUUUCAUUUGAUCAUCUUAUUUACUGCCACGGGGGAGGAAGCUGAUUUCCCAAAGCCUGACAGCUUAUAAUCACCACAAAGCUUAACAGAAGAUGGUUUUCUUUUGUAGUUGAAAUUUAGGGCUUACCCACACCUACCUUCUCGGUGCUCUUUCCAGGCACAGUCCUUGCUUUAAAGCUCCAUGUCUCAAGCACCCUUUUAUUUUUGCUCCAGAACUUUCCCCGUGAAAACCUGCUCUUUAGCGAUCAGUCGGAGCAAACGCCAAUCUGUGGGAAACCAGAAUUAACAUUUGCUGUGAUUGAGAACUAGAGAGCAGAUUUUCAUAGGGAAAAUUCUGGGCAAAAAUAAAAUAAAAUGCUCAGACACAGGCAUUUAAAGCACGGACCUGUGCCUGGAAAAAGCAUGACAAAAGGUAAGUGUAGACAAGCCCUUGGUUACAUAUGUAUAUAACAGUGGGCAGGCAAGUUAAUAAAAAAAAUUGUGGGAUAGCAUCUGUUGUGAACUUAUUCAUAUGGCUGGCAUGCUGUAUGUUGUCACUUGCACUGAUAGGCUACAGCUACACCUGUUUUAAGCAUAACAACAUCUGGAGGGCGAUAGGUUCUCCACCCAUGGUUUAACAUAGAAUGGAUGUUACUUUCUUGCCUAGAUUUUGUGUAUCUUGUAGGUUAUACUUAUGAAUUACUCUUUAUUGUAGCCCAUCAUACAUUCUGCAGUGCAACAUGGUGCAUGUUGAAGUUCUGUUGAAAAGGUAAGCUAUCCAUCCCUUUUCUCUUUUGUUCCUGUUAUUAUCAGCCUGUUCAUGAAAGGGAACGAUGCUUUAAUAAAAAAUAUAGUUAAAGAAGCUUAAACCAAAAAAAUCACGCUGAGGCAGCUUUGUGCCUUUUGAAAAUGUAGUAGCUGUGACAGUGAAGGCUUGAGCCUCCCAAAAUUGGUACCUAAACUCCAGCUUCAAAGGAUAAUGCUGCUUCUUUAACCUAAGGAGAUCUGUUCUUCCAAGAGUGGUCAUCUACAUUCAUACACUUGGGUUGGGGAGGGUGGCAACCGUCACAGCAGUAGAUUGCAAGUGGAGUGAGGAAUUGUAGCAAAAGUUGGUGCAGGAUCUGACCUACAGGAGUACCAUGUGACUUAGGCAGGAUUGUUUGCAUAACCCAGGCACCUACAAAAGCAUCACAGGAAAUUGCUCAAAUUGAUGACCCUUUGCAAAAUAGUUGCUUAGGAAGGAGGUCUGAGGCUAAUAUGUUGGAAACAGAGCACAUCUUGGCUGUUAAGAGAAAGAAGAGUUUGGAUUUGAUAUCUCGCCUUUCACUCCCCUUCAGGAGUCUCAAAGCGGCUAACAUUCUCCUUUCCCUUCCUCCCCCACAACAAACACUCUGUGAGGUGAGUGGGGCUGAGAGACCUCAGAGAAGUGUGACUGGCCCAAGAUCACCCAGCAGCUGCAUGUGGAGGAGCGGAGACGCGAACCUGGUUCCCCAGAUUACGAGACUACCGCUCUUAUCCACUACACCACACUGGCAACAAAAGGGCAACAAAAGAUGGAUUUUUAACUGGCAUUUUUAAACUGAUAAGUGUUUUAAUUUUUUUGCAGGACAGAAGAAUCUAUUUUAUCAAAAGGACUUGUAAGUGCAGUGUUUAUAUACAUGCUACCAUUCCCUGUGCUUUCAGAAAGUCUUGCUGGCUAUUGUUAUCAUGUUGGUUUUUGUAAAUUAAUGGAGGUGUCCUUUUUUUUUUUUUUUUGGCCCAAGGACCACAUUCACCCUUGGCCAACCUGUGGCGGCUUGGGUACCAACGGAAGGUGCAGCCACCCUGCAAACACUCUGACCUAUGGGGGCACACAGCCCCACCACCUGAUCCAUGCAGAUCAGCUGAGAGGAAGGAGUGCCCCCUGCCUGCUUAUCAAAUGAACAAUCUGAUUACAGCUGAGGGAACAAUCUUCAUCUGUGCACCCCAUCACUGUCUAAUAAUAAAAUACGUUUUUGCUGUUUCUGGCAAAAAAGAGACAUUGGGAGGGAGGAGAGAUAAUUGCUGUGGAGGCUGAUUAAGCCUCCAAACUUGAGGGUUAGCCACCCCUGUUUUAAAUGAUGAGAUGGAUGUGAGUUUGCGGCCUUCAUUGUAUGUCUACCUCGGAGUAAGUCUCCCUGAACUCGGUGUGACUUGUUUCUUUAUACGGAAGUAGGAUUGGCCGGCAUCACUCUUGAUUCCGCAUAUAGCUUUAUUGGCAUUCAUUUCAGCUGCAUGCGUUUCCAUGGAGUUUACUUCUAAGCAGGUAUCUUUACGGCUGCAGCAUGACUUGCCCCUAAGCAUGCUUCUAUCUGUAGCAUGUGCACUUGCACAAAGUUUAAAUGCCUGACAUAGCAAUUGGAAAGGCAUAAGCUGGACGUGCUGUAAACCAGAUUACCAUUGGUCAGUCCCUAGCCGAGUAUUGUCUAUACUCUGGAUGACUAGCUGUGGCUCUUUGUGGCCCGAAGCAAAGGUCUCUCUCCUCAUCUUCUACCUGAUCCUUUUAACUUCAAGUGCCAGGGAUUGAACUUGGGCCCUUCCGCAUUCAAAGCACAUCUCCUCCUCCUCCUGAGCUGCCGUCCCUCCUGGCCUAAUCCAUUAAACACUGUUGCUAAGCAACCAGGCCCUAUUAAUUUGAAUGUAGUUUGCUGAGGAGUUGCACCCUCUGCAGCUGAAAAUAAAUGGAGGCACGCUUGACAGAUUGUGCUGUAUUUUUGCUGGUGUUUUUAAAACACUGUCAAAAGCCCUGGGGACACUUUUAAUUCAGGCCUUCAUGUAGAGUCUGAAAACAUGGCUACAUUGAAACAGUCUAAGCAUAUUUGCUCGGAAUGGAUAAAGCCCGUUCUAUUGAAUCUGCAAAUUCCCAACAUCCUGUCAGGCACGACUAAGGCUGUGUAUAUUUAAAGCACAUGACUCCCCUGUGGCCCAAAUCCUGGAGUCUGUAGUUUGUUAUGAGUACUUAGGGAUUGUAUGUCUGUGAGGGGUGAACUACAGUUCCCCAGAUUCUUGGAAGGAAGCCAUGUGCUUUAAAUGUAUGUUGUUCAUGUAGCCUUAAAAACAGAACCCAGGAUGGGGCUACAGUGAAGAAAAGGUAGGGCUAUUAAACUAGAAGAGGCUUGAUUCCCAGGGUCAUCAGGAAGCAGGUUUAGCCACUACCCCAGUGAUGCCUCCUGAACACACCUUUCCCCCAUUCACUUCAGAGGGCUCAAUAAGAAUGUGGCAUGCGGAAGGCAAACCCUGAUAGGAUCCUUGCUGACCGGGAUCCCACUAAUCUUGUGUACGGAGAAUCAUGGCAUUUCGGAAAGGUCCUUGUGCGUUCUAGGUCCUGCCUCCUAACUUCUACCCCAUUUGCCAUAGUAGCGACCAUUUUGCUAACUGAAAACGAAAGUGGCUCCCAAUUCAAUGCGGGACUUGCAUUCCAGUUAAAUGUAGGACUUCUAAAGUACUCGUUUGUCCAGUACUUUAAAGUCCUGCCUUCGUGUGUCGCCCCAAAACAGAGGUACAUUCGCCUCCAUCCGUUGGUUCAAUUGCACAGAAAACGUUACGAUGCUUACAUGGGCAGUUCUUUAAAGCUCAUAGUGGUUGCUCUGUUCUGCCCAGUUUUCUGUUCUAUCAGUUGGGAAAUGUUCAUAUUGCACAAAUGAGAUUAAUACCCAUGGUCCUUCAAAAUCAAUCUACUGUAUUAACUUAAUUUGUAGGCGCUAUUGGAGAACUGUCUACUGAGGCUGGAAGAUAAUAGCCUUUUGCUUGAGUAUUUGGAGUUCAAAGGCUUCAUUACAACACCUCAGGUAAUAUGAUGGAAACCAUAAACUUUUAAUUACUCAUGCUACACUUUCUAAUGUGUUAUUUCCCAAGUGCUUUGAAAAGAAUAUAAGCUUUAAUUAUUUACCCAGCGUUUUAAUAUGACUAAUACAAAAAGGCUUCAGACGGGGCUAACUAAACAGGCUGAUACAAACAAACAUUUAAAACCUUCAAUCUAAGGCUUAAAGCUUUCAGCAUACGUUCUUUUUAAGAUUUUAUUUCUUUCAUUUUCUGGGAUGUGCUCCUUGUAGAUAUUUUUAGAGCAAAAAAUGAAGCUUCGCCUCCACCUACGUUAAAUAGUCCUGUAGAGUAUUGGUAAAUGGCAAAGUGAAGUGAAGUCUAUCCCAAAACUUCAUAGAACUUUGAAGACAUGGCUAUCAAAUUCAGUACAUGUAUGUUUCAAGUUAGAAUAGCAGUGUAAGCCCUUUCUCCAUUUUCAAAGGGGGCAACAAAAUGCAGUGAAAUGAGUACAUUGAAACAUACCCCACCCCACCCUCCCACUAUAUAUAAGGGUCUGGUGACUUCUGUUUCAGUGUAUCUGAAGAAGUGUGCAUGCACAUGAAAGCUUAUACCAGAACAAACUUAGUUGGUCUAUAAGAUGGUACUGGGCAUUUUUUUAUUUUUUUUAUUUCGACUGCGUCAGACCAACACUGCUACUUACCUGAAUCGGAAUGAAAGUUUGUGAACACUUUCAGAACCUCAUCCUAUAUUUUAAAUGCAAAGCCAAGCUUUUGCUCCUGCAUUUCCCCCCCAAAUCCAAAAUACAUCCUAAUGUGAUAUCUGAAGCGCAGCCUCUUGAACACUUCCCUUUACUAGUUGCUGUUUUGAUUAUGAGUAUUUUUGAAACUUCCAGCCAAAUCCUUUGAAUCUUUACUAAGUCCCACUGACCAGAGUAGAACUUGACUCUCUAGUAAGCGUGAACUUAGGAUGGCAGCUUGAAGCAUAUAGGAGCAGAAGAACAAAAUGUUGUAAGAGGAGAAGUCACCCAGAUAAUUGCAGUGGGUUUUCCCACCUUUUAAGUGUGCAAAAUGAAAUGUAGAGCAUAAGAUGGUUCUUUUGUUGGUCAAAAUGAGGAUGUGAAUAGGAUUUCCCCAGAACUAUGAUGUGAGAAGGCUCCAGCAGGAAUAUAGAAACAUUGUGAGCAUAACUCAAUUCUCUUUCGCAUGUAUGCAGACUGCACAAAGUGCUCACUUAAGUAGAUUAUAUUACAUAGAGAAUCAACCAGUUAAUGGACUUCUUUUCUUCUCGCUAUAAUCUUGUGGCUGUCUUGGACAUAAUACAGUAUCUUGAGUUGAUGCAUCUCUGUCACUCUCUCCUUAAUCCACUUCUCUCUGCCUUUAUUGCAGCUAGUACACUUACAAGAUCGCUUACUGCCCUGACCCCUCCAAAAUGUGUAUGUGCAGUAUUGUGGCUUAAGGACGGAGUUACAGCUUUACUGCUCUAUUGCCUUUAUUUUUGUGAGUUGCAAGUUAGUUCUUUUUAAACAGCAUUUUAAAUUUGUUUUCGCUCUCAGUGGAGUUGUGUUAUCUGAAUUUCCAUUUUAUAAUUUGUAUUUUUCCUUUUUGUACUGGCAGGAUUUGGUAAAGGUCAUGACGCUGUGCCCUUUUGAACAUCUGGUACGUAACUGGGUGUCAUGUGUUUUUAGAAGUGUUGCAUCUGAAGUGUAGUUUUCCUGAUCCCCUCCUUGCUACGUCUGCUUCCAUUUAGAGAAAGAAGAGUUUAAAGAUUUUACAAUUGUAUAUAGAGAAGUUUGAAGAAGAGGGGAAAUUCACGUUGUUCAGGUAUGUCUGUUCUCAAAUUACCCCUCAAAAUCAGGCAAUUUAGAGUUCCAAUAACUAUUAAUUUAUUUUACCAUAAAUUGGCCUUAUUUUUAUUGCAGUCUUUUAUUCUCUAGUUGUGUUGCAAUUAUAUGGUUUGGGGCAUAAUAUUUCCUUUUCUAUCUUUUGUGUCGCAGAUGUUUGUUGAAGACAAGUAACCAUUCUGGGGUAGAAGGAUUCAUCAUUCAGAAUAUUAAAAAUCAAAUUGAUUUAUCCUUACAGGUAAGGAAGGUUACUGAAGAUAAGAAAGUGGAAAAAAUGUACACCUGUGGGGGUUCAAAGUGGUCCAUGGAUACACACUGUUCAUGGUAGUUUUUGUAAAAACAGAGAAAACAGUACUUGAAAAUGCAAGUGAUCAUAGAAAGGGCCUUUUUCAUGUAGCACAACUAUCUUUCAGAGCACGUGUUAUAAAGUGCAUUUAUCUCUUUUCUUGCUGAGGCAUUCCCACUUAUUACCACAUCUUUGUGGUAGAGUUAAGAGGACAUUUUAAAAUGUGACACCUCUUUAAAAAUCCCAAACCUUGCAAAGCUGUAUGAUUCAUGUAGCUUAAACACAUUCAUAGAAAUGUACGCAACACUUUAUUCUAAUUAUUAUUAUACUAUUUGGGUUUAGUGGUCAUUGGUGGUGUACUGGAACAAUUCUCAUCUUGAACCUGUUUUAAAUCCUAAGGAUCAAUCUUAAAGGGAAAGGAAUUAAAUAAUAAUGCAAUGUUGUGGAAAGACUGUGUCAUCGUUCACCCAUAAUGCUGACUCAAACCAUAGCCUGGCAUGAGUGAACAAGCAAACAGGCUUCCAGAGAGCAGAUCACCGCCACUUUGCACCUUCCCAGUCAUUCUGUUGCAAAUGAGCAAUGAGCCUUACCUGUUUGACUUAGCCUUGCCUGCAAUCUGCGUCUAUUUUAGGCAAGAGUAAGAAGCAAUAAUAUAUGGUUGCUCAUAUAAUGCAACUGGAAUACAAAGUUAGUAGUUUCUUUUCUGGAACUUGCUCAUCUCCUGGCUGCACAAAGAACAUAUCAACUGUUUCUUAUUCUGUAUGUUGCUUUUCAGAGUACAACGGGAAGUAAGUUUUUCACUGGACUCCAGUUGGCCUCACUGUUAGACAUAAUACUGUCACUUCCUGAAGGUGCUGAAACUGAUCUCCUUCAGAACUCAGACAGGUGAGAAAUAAUUGCAAAAGUAUUUUUGCUGAGCCCCCGCCCCCCCAGCUACCUUCAGUGCAGCUUUUAAAACAAUGUUGGCAACUUAACUUAAGUUUACUAACACUUAGCCUAUUUUACCAGAGCUUUCUGCACUAAGAUCUACAGGUGAUCAGAAGCCCAUCAGACUAGAACUGCAAUUUUGGGGGGAAAUAAUCUUUGGGUCUUUUGCUUUUGACUUUCAGUAAUUAAGACCAUGUUCCUAACUGUAAGUAUUAAAAUGUGAAUCAGAUUUCAUCUUGUCUUUUAGUGGGCUUUAAAGAGCAUUGAACUUGUACCUCUGCUGCAGGAACUCCAAACUGUACCAAUGUCCAGCAUCUUUAUUCAUCGAGAAUCCCCAGGCAGUCUAAAUGGCCAUUAGAGGGGCUGGACAUUUUCUGGAAACUUUCCUCUAAAGGAAACUAUAGAACCUUUGUUAAUGCAAUCGUUUUCUUGGGCUUGGCAGUUCAUGGAGCUGAGGAUAGAUGUACAUAAAUCUGAUUGCCAAGAAAGUAAGCACUCUGUACCCUCUGGCAAGGAGGACUCUUAGCUGCCUAUGUCACUUGCCCUUCAAUUUGGAGAAAAGAAACACUAAUUGGCAAUUCUCCCCCUGUGUUCCCCCUCCCCCACUUUGAAUGGAGACUUGGGGAAGAAAAAGCCUCCAUCCUUCAUCUCAUUUGUGCUUUCCAGAGGACUCAAGGAAUUGGUACCAAAGGAUAAAUGAAAGCCUGGUUAUAAGCCAGCCUGCUAUUAUUGGCUCCUGAUCAGAGAGGUAUGCUUUAGCUUACAAAACCUCUGUGGAAUCUGGUUUUGAGACGUCACAUUUGGACCUUUCUGAUAUCAAUGGAAUGAGGAGAAGUGACGAGAAGCUGAGCUUGCCUGUAGCAUCUUUUGGGCAAUCCAGAGUUGAAUGAAUGUGUGAGAGUUGAGAAAGGGUUGUUGUAGACGGCAAAGACUUUUCACUUCUGCCUAGUGGUCACCACUAGGGUUGAUGAGUGGUGGAUCAUCUGCCUUGCAUGCAUCCUAAGUUCAGUCCCUGGCAUGUCCAGAUAGAGCUGGGAGAGUCUCUUGCCUCUGAAACCCUGGUCAGUGCAGACAAUACUGAGAUAGAUGGAUCAGUGGUCUGAUCCUCUAUAAGGUGGCUUUCCAUGUAUCACUGUUUGAUUUUUUUGGUUUUGAUUUUUGAUUGCUGAAGAAAUUAUUUGGAAGGCAAGUUAUGUUCUGUAUGUGAUAUUACCACUUCAAAUAGUGAGUUUGGGGCAUUGGCUCGAUUUUCUGUUACUGUACAUGCCUAAAGAAAGCUGCCUUCUGUUCAUCUCAUGACAUACAGAUACAAAAAGACAUGACUAUAGUGGGAAAGUGGGCUAGCUAUGUAGUUUCAGUGAGACAGGCAAUCCAGUAGGAUGGUUAUUCUGUUGGAAAUAAGCAAGAUUCAAAUUGAAUGAUUUACCUCCCCCCCCCCCCCCCGACAAUCAGUAUAGUUUAUUGGUCAACCAAGAAAGAUUUCAGUUGUUAUCUUGUAUGUUUUACUGCUUUUUAAACCAGUUGCCUUGGAGUACUAUAUUAUACCUGCUAAAUUACUUGCCCAGUUUUACUGUAAUUUAACACUCCAAAGGAGUUCAUUUGGGUAUAACUGGCUAAUUCCACUUGAUAAACUAUAAAAGUCUGCAAAGGUUUUCCAGGGAUUCUCUACAGGAGGGAGGGGAAUCUAGCCUGCUCCAUCUUUUCUUCAUUUUUGCAAGAUCUGUUUUGUAUUCCAGCAUAACCUGUUUCACAUUAAUUCCUCCAGUGGAGGAAUUAAUCCUUCUGUGGAAGAAAAAUGUAGACUGCAAGGGAUUGAUUCUAUAUUUCUAAUUUGCAGGAUUAUGGCAUCACUAAACCUGCUGCGAUAUUUAGUCAUUAAGGAUAAUGAAAAUGAUAAUCAAGUAAGUGAUGAAUUAAAAAAAAGACCCUGCUACAUUGGGGUGUGUGAGAGCGUGCAUGUGUGUGAGAGAAAGAGAUGUGUUAACAAUCACUGAAGAUUUGUGAAAAAGAAUGCAGUUGAAAUACUCUUAAAUGUGAUAAAGCUCUUUUUUUGUCUAUGUGUACCGGAGCAGAAAUUGAAUUGCCACAUGUAAAUAAUGCUUCCUUGGUUACAUAAAAACAAAGUUUUAAAUCUCUGAAUUUUGCAUAUUUCCCUAAAUAUAUCUCUACAAGACAUUUGGAAUUUGAAAGUACUUUUUUAUUUUUAAAUAUGCUACUUCAUUGCAGAGAAUUUUUCCAUGAAUGUUCUAUUCCUUCUCAGUAUGUAGGGGAUAAAAUAGCAAUGUCAGGGUUUAUUUAUGAGUCUUUAGACAACUUAGCCUUGAAGCAUUUAUUCUUUAAUUUUCAACUGGGAUGAAGCUCCUUCAUUUUCUAUCCUUUUCUGCAGCUCCAUCCUCUAAACAGGUCAACCGUACAAUAGGGCACUUGAACUGAAUUUCAGCUUGACAGUUGAUUUAAGCCAAUUCUGACAAUAGCAGGAGUGAUGGGUUUAUUUGAAUAAAAUAUGUAUUUAUGUCCAUCUUAAACAGUCCAUGAUGAAUACCAAUUUUCUUAACAGGAGAGACUGCUAAUCAUUUUAAGAUUUCUUCUCCUCUUCCACCCCCACAGUAAAGUAAUAUGAGAGUGCACCCUAGUAUCUUCUAUUCUGAGACUACCUAAAGCAGUGCUUAGCAUGCCUCUUAUUAUAUAAGAUGUGAAGUCUCAUCUUGUUGUGUCAAGGCGAUGAGUAGGCUGAAUUUAGCAUUGCAAGCAAAGCUCUUGAAAUCAAUAAGAAAAAGAGAGAGCAGCAAAGCCAGAUAACAGCAAUAUAAUUGCUGCUGUAAACAUGCUUUACUGAACUGUUGUCUUUAGCUAAAUUCAGCUCUGCCAGAGGGCAAAUAGCUCAGCAUCUUGAAGGCAGCCCAGUUUGGAGGGUUCUAUUCUGAUCUGGAAAAUAAUUUUAUGCCUCUCUAGCAGAAGCAACGCUUCACCUCCAUUUUCUGAGUGUAUUUAAUACCGUUGCCCUGUUCACUGAAAUCUGUUUUUGAAGACCUUGCACCCCAGCUUUAUAUAAAUAGUUAACUUGCUAAUCAUGUAAACUACCUUACAUAUCAGUUUUUAUUAACAAAUAUUAGUUUGAAGUUAGGGUGCAUCAAUCAAGCACACAACCUGAUUUGGAUCAGUAUUAAAACCUACUGAUUUUAGUGGAUUUCGAUUAUUUGAGGGGUUGUGCAUGAUGAGGUUCCAUUGAAAUCCCUUUUAUUUCAGUGGGAUUUAGGUACACCUAAUUUUGGAUUAUUCCCAUUUUACUGUUUCUGAAAUUGCAGUUUAGUGUGUAUAACUAGUAAGUGACUUUCCUGUAUCCAGUUUGGAAUCAAUGCAUUUCAGAGUUGUUUAAUUAAGACAAUGUGUGUUAGACAUCUCAAUUUUUUAAUCGCUUUUGCGAAUCAUUUGGAAAUUGGAAGCCUACCAUGGUCAGGAGAUCUUGCCAAUACCUUAGACUGAACAAGAGUGGCAGGGUUAAAGGCUUUUAUUUCCCAUGGUGUCAAGCCUUGGGUCACUUCUAGGGUACAAUGGGGCAUAGAAUCUAACUCCCUCCUGAUCUAGAUGAGAUUUUCCCUGCCGUAGUAAUACAGACACUCCCAUUCAGCCUUUGAAGAGUGGAGGCUGCAGGAAGUACCGUAUUUUUCGCUCUAUAACACGCACCUGACCAUAACACGCACAUCGUUUUUAGAGGAGGAAAACAAGGGGGGGAAAUUCUGAAUGAAACAGUGGAUGUAUCAUUUUUAUACCUCAUGCUGUGGCCACAGACAUGUGAUCUGAUGGUGAGUUUGGGGUAGCCCAGUGCAAAAAUCCUGAGAAUCCCUGUGGAUCUGUUCUUUGUAACCACGUUUUUACACCAUUGUGGCCCCAGGCAACAGUGGGUACAUGAUUUUUUUGGUGCAGGCUGUAGCCAUGGGCAUGUAAUGUGAUCUGAUGGUGAAUUUGGGGUGACCCAAUGCAAAGAUCCUGAGGAUCCAUGUGAAUCCAUGCUUUGUAACCACGUUUUUGCACCAUUGCAGCCCCAAGCAGCAGUGGGUGCGUGAUUUUUUUGGUGCAGGCUGUAGCCAUGGACAUGUAAUGUGAUCUGAUGGUGAAUUUGGGUGACCCAAUGCAAAGAUCCUGAGGAUCUAUGUGGAUCCGUGCUUUGUAACCACGUUUUAAGUGGGGAGGGAAGGAAAAACACAGAAGGGACAAGGAGCACGAGAGGGGUGUGCAGAGAAGCAGCUGGCUAAGAAUGCAGGAGAGGGGUUUAACGGGAGGGAGGAAAGGAAGGCAAAAGUUUUUCCCCACACACACACCCAAGCCAGCCCUCUCUCUCUCUCUCUCUCUCCCACCUGCAUGUUUUCCGGCUGCCUGGGAGUCCCUAAAACGCAGCAGCACCGGAGCACGGAGAGGAAUUAGAAGGAAGGACGCAAUCCUUUCCUUUCCCCUCUGCUUGCCUGGAGGGGAGGGGAUUUGCCUGCUCUUUGUUCCGUUUGAGCAAAUAGCAACCGAAACAGAAGAGGGUGGGCAGUAAGACUCUGAGGCAGAAUGCAGGAAAGCAACAGCUUCCUCUCUCACGGAGCUCCCUUCUCCCUGAUGCGCGCGAUUGGAUUUUUGCCUGAUUUUUGCCCCUGCGCUCGGGAGGGUCGGCUCCAGGGACCACACAUUCGCUCAAUAACACACACAGACAUUUCCCCUUACUUUUUAGGAGAAAAAAUCUGCGUGUUAUAAAGAGAAAAGUACGGUAUAUGUGGCACAUUCAGAACAUCUGGGUACCAUUAGAGCUGUAGUUUAUGGGAAUAAUCGAGCUCUUUUGACUCUGGUGUCUGAGAGGGGAACUCCAAUUCCUGUCUUCCUAUCUGUACAGACUAAAGUUAAGAGUAAGGUUGACAUAUUCAGGUUUCCUUGGGAAGGGCUUGUGCAAAGAGUCAGAGGAUAUCUUAAAACUAUAAUUGUACCAGCAAUAGAUGGUUUCCUACUGAGCACUUUACUGGAAAUUUCUGUUCUUUAGCCACCAAAGCAGAAACAACCUGAAGGUGAGGAACGGUGAAUAAAAUACAUUUUGAGCUACAGCUUAGUAAGGAGUAGUCUGGGGCAAUCCUACCCAUGAAGCUUAUUAGUUAAAGCUUAUCAGUUGAAAACUUUAUUUUGAAUUUCAGUGAUGUUUACCACUGUGCACCUUUCUCUACAUGAUUAUUUUUUACUGUGUAUUUGGCAUUUGCAUUGUCACAAAAGGCACAGCUGCACUAAUCAGCCCAUUUCUCCCUGCUCCACCUAUGCACAAACUCCUCUGCCCAUCUCUGGCCUUAACACAUCCUACAACAUUGAGUAUUCAUAGUGCUGCUCUAGCUAAACAUUCAACGGUUGUAGCACUUUCAAGUGAAACGGCUUAUGAUUGAUAUGGUGGUUUUUGCAUUCUCAUAUCCCUAUCCAGCUGCUGCAUCUUGAUGGAUAAAUGGACUGAGAUAAUCAAAGGAGCAAUUUAGAUUUAAAUAUUGCCACAGGCUCAGCAUCAGAUUUAUUUCCUAAUGCUCUUGAGUGUGCACCAUUUAGCUGAGGUUCAUUGCCACUUAAAAAAAGCCAAUGUAGCUUUAGUUUUCUGGCUGCUUCAACUCUAGGUAGACCACUUAUCCCAAAAAACACCAAUAAGUUCUGUGUCAGUAGGGGAGCAAAUACAUUGUUAACCAGGAAUUGGCAUGUUAAACACUGCAAGCAAAAAAGAAACUUGCAUCUUUGGACUGCUAUAUAUUGUACAGCAGCAUAGAUCCUCUAAAUGGAACAGGCAUGAUAAGUAAACCAUCACGCACACUUCUACUCGUCCAUAAUAACUAUUCUUUGAUACGGCUUUGAAUACCACACAAGUUGUUUGCUUACAAAAUACAUUGUACUUUGAUUAUAAUAAAUAAACUGGAGAAGAGAAUUUCUGUACAUCUCUUAACACAGGAAAAACCUGUUUUCUGAAUUGCCUAGAGAGGAGGGGAACUCUUUGACAGUCCUAGAUCAGUAUUUUCAUUUGAUUGCCAGUCGCAAGAGCAUUUUAAAAAACAGCAACUCUCAAGGGUUUAAAUUGUAGCAAGUCAGUAGUAAAACCUAUUUUUCUUAAUCUCAGUCAAGAAAAAAGCUAGCCAGAAGUUUAGAAUCUGUGAAGCUUAUUUCAUGGUCCUUACACAAUUGGUAGCCAAGCAGCCAGAUUCAGUGACUGCCCAGCAAGGUGUGUGACUUUGAAAUAUCUGUCACACCGCAACAUGUUGCUGGUGGGGCAGUACUGGGCUGGAUUAGAGACAAGUUAUGCAGAUCUUUUCCAUAGGACACAUUAGCAAAGAUAACAUUGAAGCCUCAUUUACAAGUAUGCCAAAUGCUGCAGUUAGAAGGCUGGAGAGGCUACAUGGAUUUAGCAGAUUGCAAUAUAGGUCAGCAUUACAGGAUACUUCUUAAACUCCUUUCCUUCCUUAGACCAGCAGAUUAUGUGCCUGAAGAAAACACUCUGUUAGCCUCGUGGCUCUCACUGCAACAUUACAAACUGAUUCCUCCCCCCCCCCCUUCUUUCUUUCCUAAGACCUGUGUGUGGACAGAACUUUGCAAAAUUGAAAGAAAUUUCCUGAAGCCCUUGCACACUGGACUUAAUAUGUCAAGAGCACAUUAUGAAGCAGAAAUAAAGAAUAAAAAAGAUAACAAAAGAGGUUAGUUGACUUCAUUAUCCGUGUGUGUAUGUAAGGUUUAGAAAUUGUGUGCAAAUAGAUCGAGGCAGGAAAGGCAGACUGCAUUUUAGACAAAAGACUAUAGAGAUUAAAAGAGAGAAAAGCAGACAUAUUUGUCAUGAUUUUUGUGUGAGACUGCAGUCCUGUACCAUCUGUCCUGGCAGCAUUUCAUCAAGGCUUUAGGCAGAGAUCUUUCCCCAAGAUCUUUAAAUGAAAAUGAAAGGACUGAGACCAAGAUGUUCUGAUGGCCAAACCUGUACUCUGCCAUUGGAAAGUAGUUAUUUUUGGUCACAAAGAUCAGAAAUCUGUGGCUCUUUAAAAAAUAAAAGUUCAGAAUUGAUUUUGCCAUAUGAUGUGAGUUUGUCUAGUUUUGCCUAUCAAGUAGAUACACACUUAUUCUUGUGUGAAUCUCAUGUUAUAGAAUCUCAUGUUUCCAAGAAGAUUUGCUCUUUAACAGUAGCUGGAGAAAAGAUGCCCCACAUGACAACUGAAAUGGAGCUUCAGGUGAGUGGUCUAAUUUUGGAGAAGCUGCUAAAAUGUCGGAAGGUGGGCUUUAGGUUUCUUUUGUAUUCAAAGUGAAUACAAACUGGUAAAUAUGCAAUAAAUAACAUUAAUUUUCUCUAAUAUUUCAGGUUCUCCACUCGGCUCUUUACACAUUUGAUUUGAUAGAGAGUGUUCUUGCCAGGGUAGAAGAACUCAUUGAAACCAAAACAAAUGCUGCAGCUGAAGAAACUACUAGGAUCAAGUGAUGCUUUCUGCCUCCCUUAUCCCAAUAGUGUUUCACAUUGUGCACUGUUUCUACUUCUGUCAUUAUGACUUUACUUGAAAAGAUAAAAAUACCAACCUUUUAAGUAUACACCAAGUCGUCAUUAUAUAGCUGCUGGAAAAGAAGGUUCAAGAAUACUUUUUCUACACCUUCAGAUUUUAAAGGAAUUGUUAAACCUGAUUGGUAUUUUUACAAAAUACGUGUAGAAGUGUGUCUUAGCAUUCAUUAAAAAUGCCCGGCCAAGAUCAGUGAAAGGAAGCCUCUGGCAAUGUUUUUGGUUGGCAGAACUCCCAGGAGCAUCUAUAACUAUGAGGUUUCAUGGGUGGGUGGGUAACACAGUGAACUUUUUCAUGGCACAGCCUGUUUUAUAACCCUACUGUGACAUAAAGCACAUGAUUCAAUGUAAUGGCAAAACAGAAAUGGGAACACGUGUUCUCUCUCAAGGAUUCUUUUUCAUUGAUCAGAACAGCAGAAGAUUUUCAAUUUUUUCCCCUUAGGCACAGGUUUAUACACACCCUGUGAUGGGCCUCUAAUUUUCACCACCCAAAAUACACCACUUAGAAAACAGCCAACCUAUUUGGUAAGGCCUCAAGUAUUCAGAAAAUAGCAAGGAAAAAGCAAAAAAUAAAAGUGAUAAAUUCCCUUACUGGCAUUACAUCAUACCCGCAAGAAAAGUAAGAGAACACCAAAUGCCUCAAGAUGUAGGAUAUGGGAAUAAAUAUAAAAUUGCCAUGUGCUGUAUUAACAUUAGAGAGAGUACAUUCUAAACUUGCAGUGUAGAUACUAAGAACCCAUUUCAGUUACAGUGGUGCCCCGCAAGACGAAUGCCUCGCAAGACGGAAAAACCACUAGACGAAAGGGUUUUCCGUUUUGGAGUUGCUUCGCAGGACGAAUUCCCCUAUGGGCUUGCUUCGCAAGACGAAAAUGUCUUGCGAGUCUUGAAAUUUUUUUUUCGCUUUUCCCCCCCUUUAUCUAAUCUGCUAAGCCUUUAAUAGCCUUUAAUAGCCUUUUAGCAGCUAAUCCCCUAAGCCUUUAAGCCUUUAAUAGCCGCUAAACCGCUAAUAGCGCUAAUAGCGCUAAUCCGUCAAUGGGCUUGCUUCGCAAGACGAAAAAACCGCUAGACGAAGACUCUCGCGGAACGGAUUAAUUUCGUCUUGCGAGGCACCACUGUAUUAUAGAACUGAUUUGGAGAUAUAUAGCAGCAUGUUGCAGCACUGUUAGAUGUAGGCCGAUUAAACAGUUACUUGGAGAAAAUUGAAUCACCUCAUAGCAGCAAGGCCCACCAGCGUAUCAUUAUGAUGUUACAUUAAGAUUACAUAAAGGUGAGUUAUCCUAUCUACCAUUUCAACUAUGAGUAAAUUCCUCACUGCAAAUUUCCUUGGUCAUUUCUGGAAAUAUAUCUGAGCAAGUACAAGUGGAUCAGAAUGAAAAGUCUGGGAGAUGGGAGUUCAUUGACUUAAAUAUACAAAAUGUUUAGUAAGAGAUUUUCCUUUAUGGAAAUAAAAGAAUAACAAGUUCUAAAUAAUUCUUAGAAAAGAAAAUAUUAAAUUGGGUAGGCUACAACUAUGCCAUUUAUUUGCAAAGUUAUGUACAUUUUUAAAAGGUGUUACUCUUGAAUAAUGACCAUUCUUCCUCAGUAUUUUACAUCUGGCUAUCUAUUUCAAGUGAACAGUAAUAUGUCUUGGAUGGUUAUACAGGAAAUUAAACUAAGAAAUCACACACUGAUUUUAAUUCUGAAUGCAACAUCCAAAAAUGCACUUUCCAAAGUGACAUGCUUAUUGCUUUGUGGAUACAUUUUUUAAAAGCACAAAAUUGAGACUAUUUUGCAAAUAAACAUGGCCAAACUUUUUUGAAUAAAAUAUUAAGUGGUGUUUACAAAACUACAAGCCAGUUGACACUGAUGAAGCAUUUUCCAAACACAGCUUUGUUCUACAAUCUGUGUCUUUGCCAUUAGCAUUCUGUAGCGAAUGUUGUCCAGAUGCGGUUUUGAAGUAGUCUUUACAAGGAGAGAAAUAAAGCAGGUUAUAGUAAUGGUUUGUGCAAUUAAUACAGCAUAAGAGUUGAAAAUAACUUUGGAUUCUUUCUGCAAGAAAGAAAGAUCCUGAGGGAAAGUACUAAAGAGGGUUUGUAAAAUAACAGAUUUUACUUGCAGGGUCCUGUUUCAGAUAAUUUUGGCUUCUAUUUUGAAAUUAAAGUCUACAAAUGACUCGUAGUCAAGUGACUAGAUUUUAAAAGGCUUAAAAUUUAAUACUUUAAUUCUGAUUUUAUAUUGGUGUGAUUGAAAGAAAAACCUUAGGUUAAACUGAAGUAACUCUUUAAAGGAACAAGUAGUUAUUUUGAAGAGCAUAGUUUAAAAUAGUCUUAGUCUUUAAUUCUAUUUCUGGUUUUGCUGCAAAGUAAACUACAGGGAACACUUUUUAAAAAUUAGGUACGGUAUAUAUUCUUAAAUAAUAAUUGCCAGAAGUAUUUAUGUAGAAGUAUUGUAUCUUAUUCAUAUAUCACAUUAAGCAUUAGGUCCUAUAUAUAUCUGCCAGUCAAGUAUCUAUAAUUGGUAUUACAAGCAACAAAUAGCAAAUAACUAUUUUAUUCACUUACAUGUCACUUUUCCUCCAAGGAUAUCCUUGGUUAUUCUUCCCACCCUCCUUUAAAAAUAAAUAAAUCACAACAGCCCUGUAAGGGUUAGCCAAUGAGUUUCAUGACUGAAUAGGAAUUUAUACCAGAACCUUCCCUGUUCUUGUUUGGCACUGAAAACACUAAACCACAUUGGCUCAUUUUAGAUGUAGUUACAUGCUUAGCAUGUACGAGAGACUUUUCAAAAAAGUAUGUGGAAAUCCUAUUGAUAAUAAUAAUAAUAAUAAUAAUAAUAAUAAUAAAUUUUAUUUAUAUCCCGCCCUCCCCAGCCGAAGCCGGGCUCAGGGCGGCUAACAACAAUCGAAUAAUCCAACAUUCUAAAAACAUUUCAUUAUAAAAAUUAAUUAAAAUCAAAUUGAUGGCAACCAUUAAGCAAAAUUCUGUGCAGAUUGCCAGAGGAGGGAGUCAGGCUGUGCCCUGACCAAAAGCCUGGUGGAACAGCUCUGUCUUGCAGGCCCUGCGGAAAGAUGUCAGGUCCCGCAGGGCCCUAGUCUCUUGUGACAGAGCGUUCCACCAGAUUGGAGCCGCAGCCGAGAAAGCCCUGGCUCUAGUUGAUGUAUUCUAUAUUGUCAUAGCUGUUUUGCUGUACGUUAUUAUUUGACAAUAAAAUUCUGCUACUUA